GGGGGGGCUCCGGGGGCUCGGGGGGGCCUGCAGGCUCCACAGAGGCACAAUGAAGAGGUUCAGACGGCACGGCCACGAGUCCCACAGGGACCGGCUCAAACAGGAGCUCUUCCAGUUCAACAAGACGGUGGAACAUGGCUUCCCCCACCAGCCCAGUGCCCUGGGCUUCAGCCCGUCUCUACAGCUGCUCGCCAUCGGGACUCGUUCUGGAGCCAUCAAACUGUAUGGAGCUCCAGGUGUGGAGUUUAUGGGUCUGCAUGACGAGAACGCUGCCGUCACACAGGUUCACUUCAUGAACCACCAGGUGGAGCUGGUGACUCUGCUGGAUGACAACAGUCUCCACAUGUGGACAUUAAGAGGACACAAAGGACAGUCGGAGCUUCUGGAGAUCGGGCGCUUCAUGUUGACGGGACCGCCUGGAGCGCCCCCCAGUGUGACCCGGGUCACGGCCGUCCUGGCUCACUCCUCGGGAGAGCUGCUGCUGCUGGGCACCGAAGGGGGACACGUCUUCGUCGUGGAGGUUCCAGGGUUCCGAGAGCUGGAGGAGAGGAACAUCAGCCUGGACCAGGUGUCCAGCAGCGUUCCGGACGACUACAUCGGCCGGAGGAACCUGGAGCACGUGGAGGCGCUGCAGGAGAACCCGGUGGACCCGAACCAGGUGGUCCUGGGCUACGGCCGAGGGCUGAUGGUCAUCUGGGAUCUGCAGAGGCAGCGGGCCGUCCAGCACAUCCCCGCCACACAGCAGCUGGAGAGCGUCUGGUGGACGGAGGACGGAAGCUUCCUGCUCAGCUCCCACAGUGACGGGAGUUUCUGCCGCUGGGCGGUCGGAGUGGAGGACGAGAAGGACGACGAGGAGAAGUCUGACAUUCCCUACGGACAUUUUCCCUGCAAGGCCAUUUCUAAAAUCGUCCAGCUGCCGACAGCAGACGGGCCCCCGUUCCUGCUGUUCAGCGGCGGCAUGCCCAGAGCCAGCUACGGAGACCGCCACUGCAUCACCGUCAUCCACGGGAAGACCCACGUGGCUCUGGACUUCACCUCCAGGAUCAUCGACUUCUUCGUCAUCCGAGACGGAGCCAAGCACACGGGAGACCCCCGUGCCCUGGUGGUGCUGGUGGAGGAGGAGCUGGUGGUCCUGGACCUGCAGACGGAGGGCUGGCCCGUCAUCCAGACCCCCUACCUGGUCCCGCUGCACAGCUCGGCCAUCACCUGCUCCCACCACGUCUCCUCCAUCCCCCUCAAGCUGUGGGAGCGGCUGCUGGCGGCGGGCGAGCUGCAGUCCCGACACUACUCCAAGAAGCCCUGGCCGAUAAUCGGAGGUCAGAACCUGGGAGCAGAUCCACCACAGAGAGACCUGCUGCUGACGGGACACGAGGACGGGUCGGUCCGGUUCUGGGACGCCUCUGGAGUGUGUCUGUCUCCGAUGUACAAGCUGAGCACGGCGGGGGUCUUCCACACCGACUCGGACCCCAACGACAACAUGAACCAGGGCCCCGAGGGAGAGUGGCCCCCCUUCAGGAAGGUGGGCUGUUUCGACCCGUACAGUGACGACCCCCGUCUGGGGGUCCAGAAGAUCCACCUGUGUAAAUACAGCGGCUACCUGACGGUGGCCGGCACGGCGGGACAGAUCCUGGUCCUGGAGCUGAACGACGAGGCGGCCGAGCAGACGGUGGAGGCCACAGUGGUGGACCUGCUGCAGGGCCAGGAGGGCUUCCGCUGGAAGGGCCACGCCCGGCUGGACGUGCGCGAGGAGCCGGUGCUGUUCCCGCCGGGCUUCCAGCCCUUCGCCCUGGUGCAGUGCCAGCCGCCCGCCGUGGUCACCGCCCUCACGCUGCACUCGGAGUGGAAGCUGGCGGCGUUCGGGACCAGCCACGGCUUCGGCCUGUUCGACUACCAGCAGAAGACCAACGUCUUCAUCAAAUGCACGCUGAACCCCGGGGACCAGCUGGCCAUGGAGGGUCCUCUGUCCCGAGUCAAGAGCAUCAAGAAGUCCCUGCGGCAGUCCUUCAGGAGGAUCCGGCGCAGCAGAGUGUCUCUGAGGAAGCACCACGCCAACAACGCCUCCAAGGUACCGUCCGCCGCCGCCGCCGCCGCCGGCCACCGCCGGGUCUCAGCCGCACGUGGACACGUCCGUCUCUGUCCUCUGUCCCGCCAGCUGCAGGAGGCCAACGCCCGCCUGGAGGCGGAGCUGGCGGAGAUGGAGCUGGCCCCCGUCCAGAGGAAGAUCGAGGCCCGCUCCUCCGACGACUCCUUCACCGGCCUCGUCCGGACGCUCUACUUCGCAGACACCUUCCUCUCAGACAGCUCACACAGCACGCCCUCCUUGUGGGCGGGGACAAACGGCGGCUGUGUCUUUGCGUACAUGCUGCGUCUUCCUCCAGUCGAGCACCGAGCGGACGAACCCGUCACCGCACAGCAAGCCAAGGAGAUCCAGCUGAUGCACCGCGCCCCGGUGGUGGGCCUGGUGGUCCUGGACGGGCAGGGCGCCCCGCUGCCCGAGCCCCUGGAGGUGGCCCACGACCUGGCCCGCUCGGCCGACAUGCAGGGCUCGCACCACCUGGUGGUGGUCUCCGAGGAGCAGUUCAAGGUCUUCACCCUGCCCAAGCUCAGCGCCAAGACGAAGCUGAAGCUGACGGCGGUGGACGGCUCCCGGGUGCGGCGGGUGGGCGUGGCCUACUUCGGGAGCAGCCGGACGGAGGACUACGGCGAGAGCGGCCUGGUGGUCCUGACCAAUCAGGGCGACGUCCACGUGGUGUCCCUGCCCCACGUCAAGAUGCAGGUUCAAUACCCCUGCAUCCGCAAGGAGGACGUGAGCGGCAUCGCCUCCUGCGUGUUCACCAAGCACGGCCAGGGGUUCUACCUGAUCUCUCCGUCGGAGUUCGAGCGCUUCUCGCUGUCGGCCCGCCUGGUGGUGGAGCCUCGCUGCCUGGUGGAGCUUCCUCUCGGCUCCGCCUCCAAGCAGCGGCUCGACUCUAACAGGUCCAGGAUCCAGAGCGAGGACGCAGAGAGCGCUGCUCGCCGUGUUAUGGAGCAUGCUUUACUGAAUGACGAGCAGGUCCUGCAGGAGAUCCAGAAGUCUCUAGAAGGAGAUCAGACGUCCUUCCUGGAGAACAAUGUGAAGAGCGUUGCGUCCUGAACUCCUUCCCGUCUAUCAGACGUCUCCCCGCCCGGACGGGACACGACCACUACUGACCCCCCCCCCCCCCCCCCCAACCCACCCACCCCCAAAAGACUCCUGAAGGGCUCCAGACCGAAGGUGGAGAACCUCACCGCCCGUGCCUCGAGGACCGCACACUGUCCCCAAAGCCACAUGAAGCACAUUCCUGCAUCCUCCAUCCUGCCAGCUGCCACCAAAUACCCCCACCCCGCUGAGGCCUUGACCACCAGCAGCCCCUCGCUGCCCGCCGUGCCUCUGGUACUCCAGCGCUCAGUCCUGCUCCGGAGGCCUGUUUCUGCCAAAAACAAUCCAGAGUCUCUCAGACUGUGAUCCAGCAUCCAGGAGACGAUCCGGAGUCUCCGGGCUUCACCACCGCCGAGAACUCCUGAAGACAAUCAGCUCCCGGUUCUGCCGGGGAUCGUGGUUCUACAGAACUCCUCCCGGUUCUUCCAAAACCUGAAGCAGCAAAUCACCAAAUCGUCCCGAUUCCACAGCCGAGGUGAUUCAGUCCAGCUGGGUUUUCCUGGUCCUGGUCCAGGUCCAGGUCCUGAUCUGUGACCUGAGUCCAGGUCCUGGUUCUGGUCCUGAUCUGUAGCAUGAUCCCACUGGCAGGUUUCUGAAGCGGUGACCUCUGACCUUUUUACAAUGUUUUAAUGCUGAAUGACCCGACCUUUGACCUCUUGUGGCACCAGCGAGCCUCCGUACCGGCCGGCGAGUCGAACCAGGAAGUGUUCGGACGCUUUGGAGAGAAGAAGAAACGCGAUGCUAGCUCCUCGCGGUAGCAUGCUAGCAUCUCACGCUGUACUGUGCCUGUGUGAGCAGGGCCCCGCCCCCUCCCGGCCCCGCCCCCUCCCCCGCCACGCCCGUCCACGGAGGUACUCCUGCAGAGCCCGCCAUGCUGUACUUGCUGUUGCGGGGGCUUCCUGCGGGGUCUGAAUGGUUUUAGGGUUUUUUACCGCCAGAUGUAAUUUAGGAAUGUCAGUGUAAGCUAUUGUAGUGAAAUGUUUUAAUAUAUAAUGACUCCGUUCCUGUGGGCCUGUUGUGUCUGGGUUGGCUGCUAUUUGGAUCAUCGAGGAAAUAUUUUGGUACUGUCUCAGAAUGCUGGGUAUUUUAGCAUCAGUGUAGAAUAUAUUUUUGUAGAGAACUGAUUGAAAACCCUGAUUGUUUGAUUCGUACAUAUCUCACACUACGCUUCACCUCAGCUGAACUAUUAAUACAUGUUUUUACCACCA